AUGGUAAUGGUAAUAGAUGCGUUGUUAGAUGCGUGUAUCUUUGACUCUAGGAAAUUCGACCACUUCCACUUGAAGUACUUUGACUGGUUGGCUCAGGUCGUUUCCCUCCGAAGACAACUUAAUUACUGCGGGACCAGGAGUAAUCAUAUACUUCGUGCUUGGGACGGGCACAAACUUACGCGGAAUAAUGUUCUUUGUGGGAAUAUUGACUCCAAAGAGGACGAAUUUAUUGUGCCUCCAGCAGAUGAAUACAACAACGUUCCGGAUACUUAUUUCUUCGAUAUUCUCUUAUUUGGAGAGUGGAUAGAACGAGCAGCAUUGUUAAAGAGCAAAUCAUUUGUUGUUAUAAGCAAUCUUCACAUUUUUCGUGGCAUUGGCUUCAAAAAUCCGAUCCUGGCGUUGCAUGGAUCGCCUUAUUUUGGCCGUGGAGUAUUUGAGAUAGACCGUGAAUUUCUAAGCCAUCAUCAUCGUCUAAUAAAAUUAGAGAAGGAAACAAGUGAGGUGAUAGAAGAAUACAACAGGAUGAAUCUUGAUGGAAGUAACAAAACCACAAGAAUAGAAUGUAUUGAUGAUGACUGUAAUAAAGAGUGUACAUUCGUCGACUUUGGAAGUCAUGAUAAAAAUGAGUUCGGACAGGUUGCUGAUUUGUCUCCUGUGUUGCUAGAUGGCAUUGAAGAAAUUUCCGAGGAAAGACUUGCAGCCUUCACUCAUAUAUUCUUCAAUCGACCCACUGAUUCUAAGAUGCUCUUCAGCCCGAUUGAAGAUUCUUCCGCUCCUUACUAUCGUCAACAAUUCUAG